UGUUCACCGACGCAACGUCUUAUCAAAUGAAGACGUGAGCAGGCUGAUUGCGUUCAACAACGAAAAUAGGUUUUGUAGUGCGCUCGCAAUGCGAGAUAGACUGGGGCUACAGUGUCACAGAACAACAGUGGGCAGAUAUCUGCAUAAGGAAGGCAUCCAAAGAAGGAUACCGGCAGUGAAGCCAUUGCUCACUGAGGAUCAUAGAAGCAGAAGACUACAGGUCUGCCAGGAGAACCUAAAUAGCGACUGGAGCACCGUAGUCUUCUCCAAUGAAAAAAAAUUAUGUACUAAUACGGAUUACCGACCGCCGCUAUGGCAUCGGAACAACACCAGAUACGACCCAGCAAACAUAAUCCCCAACAGAAGCACGGGUCGAACGACAAUAGGAUACUGGGGGGUGGAUGACGGCGGAUGGACCAGGGGAUUUAGUUAGUAUAACUGACGGAAUGAAGUUGCAACAAUAUGUGGACAUUUUGAAUAAUAGUUUUAUCCCAUCUUACCGGAUUCUCUAUCCACAAGGUAGAAUCAAUUUUGUGCAAGAUAAUUCCGCCGUCCAUACGUCACACAUCUUGCGAAAUUAUCUUGCACAAGAGGAUUACAAUGUCACUGCCUGGCCAGCGAAAUCUCCAGACGUUAAUUCAAAGUGGAGCACUGGCGGA